UGUUCUUCUUCCUUUAGAUAAGACCAAAUCCCUUCUCUCCCAAAAAAAAAAGAGAGCAAAAGGACGAUUCUCGGCGGCGGAGGCGGUUUGAUCUCAUCGGCGGCGAUCUACUCCUUCCUUCACCACCCGCGCUCUCCCUUUCUCUCUCCAGUUACAGGAGCGGUCGAUCCAUCUGUGGCCAUGUCGUCGGCCAACGCAACCUCUUGUGUUUAUGGGGAAAUUUGGAUUGACGGCUUUGCCAGACUGCACAAAGGGGAUGAUUUCACUUCUAGCCCAUCAUCAAAUACUCUCCAGGAGUUCGGUGAUGUUUGGCUUGCUGCCGCCGAGCGCCAGCUCAGCCUCAGGCCCAAGUCGCCGUCGCCUGAGGAGCUGACGAAACGCAGACAGGAGCGUAAGCGCAAGGGCUUGGUCAUAGCGCUCAACACAUAUGCCAAGCGAAACAACAUGCAGCUCACUGAUUUAGAAUUCGUGGAAGAGAAAGAGAGGAACCAAGUCUAUGGACGCGGAGCACUAUAUGUGCACUCCAACUUUCUGGUGAAAGGUUCAGAUGGCAAACCUACUAUGUUCUUUGCUGAGAUGCAUCCUGACUGCACACAGGAAGAGGAUGUUGUCUGCUGCACUCCUUUGGAAGAAAACGACUAUGGUCAUUGUGUCGAGUGUGACGAUCGAGCAAAGGAGCUUAGGCAUCCCUCGGGCGGUGGCUACUUGGGUGGACAUGAUGAGAUGAUUUUUCACUUUGAGGAGCUGGACAGUGAUGAUGACUGUUUUAUGUGAAAGGAAUCUAUAUAUCCAACACAGAACCACAAACUGAUCUGUUUGGUCUUGGAUGUGGAUUUGUGGCUCUCGGGUGCCACACACCCCUAUACGAAUAUAGUAUUCAAAAAAUACCAGGAAAUUUCAAAAAAAAAAUCUGGGAUUUGGGGAUAUCAAAAUGGGUGUCAUUCUACUCCCGUGUUUAGUUUCGUGAGGAAUGGGUGCCCGUGGUAUUCUCGGUAAAAAUGUCAAAAAUAAAUUCUCUGUGUAGAAAAAAACUGUUUGGAUGGAUCGUAUGUUGGACCGUAUUUUCGUCGCCACAAAUACCACGGGCAUCCAUUCCUCACGAAACUAAAUGCGGGGGUAGAAUGGGCAACCAUGUUUGAUAGCCCCAAAUCCCAGAUUUUUUUGAAAUUUCCUGGUAUUUUUUUAAUACUGUAUUCAUAUAGGGGUUUGUGGCACCUGAGAGCUCCCAUGCAUUUCCCGUUUGGUUUUUGUCUACUAUAUGGUUCAGGUGUAUGGCGAGAAGUUCUUUUUAGAGUGUGGCAAGAGGUGAUGCAUGUGACAUGCAGGGUGUGUGAACCGAAGCAUAUGUAUCUUUAAUAUUAACUGAAAUUAUGCCUGAAUCGGUGCAAUAAGUUAUUGUAACUGAACGAGUGUAGGAUGAUGUGUCAUAAGGAGCUCCUGAUUUGUGUGUAUACAUGGGUUGGGACUUGCGGUA